UAUACAAACAAACUGUUGAAGUCAGUUUGAGAUUGUGGAUGUAACAUUACGCUUUGUUCAUAAUACAUGAAAGUGUAACACUAUUGUAAUUAAUGAGUAUUUUAUUUUAAUUAUAAGGCAACAGUGCAAAAAAGGGCGAUAUGGGCAAGCGUUUAUUGACCUGCUUUGUUUUAGCCAUUUUUAUGGCUACAAUUAGUUGUCAGGAUAAUGGAGAAGUAGCGGAAACAACGACGGAAUCUUCAACGGAUGUUAACAUAGCUUCAGAAUCAGGAAUAUGCAGAAAGUGCAAAUGUAAGGAUCAAAAAGUAGACUGCGCAGAUCAAGGAUUGACGAAAUUCUUUGAAAAGAGCGAAUGGGAAGCACUGCAAGUACUGAAGCCGACGCAUGUUGAUAUGAGUGACAAUUCUUUUAUAAAUAUAACAUUGAUGGCUGAACUGCCGAUUAAAGUGCUGAACCUUUCCCGAUGUGGCAUACAGUUCAUAGAGUAUACCAGUUUCAAGGAUUUACAAGAAAUGGUCACAUUGGAUUUAAGUCAUAAUAAGUUGACUUCUGCAAAGUUGAGUCCGCAUGCUUUUGAGGGUCGUUACUCCCCCGAGGAAUACGAACCGCUCAGCUCAAUGAGACAGUUGAACUUGGCGUACAACGACCUCCACUCGCUACAUCAGGAUAUGUUCGAGCAUCUGCCAGAACUGGAGGAGCUUGAUCUGAGCGGGAAUCCUCUAACCACCAUAGAUCAAGUGACAUUAGUCGCGAUUUCUAGUUUGCCCAUGUUAAAGAUCUUACGACUACGUUCUUGCCAACUGACAGAAAUCCCAGAAAAGUUCUUGCACACGCCCCGGUACUUAGAACGGCUGGAUAUCAGCGACAAUAAACUGACAGCUGUGCCUCAAGAGCUGGAGGAAACCAAGAACUUGCUGUUCCUGAAUUUGAACCAGAACCCGAUAGUUGAGAUUACUGCCAAUUCUGAAGAUUAUCCUGCUUUCCCGAAUCUUCGUAAGCUGAAGGAAUUACACAUGUGCAAUAUGCCAGCUUUGAGACAGGUCGGCGCAGGUGCACUCGCUGGCCUGGAGUCGUUAGAGAGUCUUCAUAUGAGCUACAACCCAAAACUGGCCGUCAUCGAUCCCAAAGCACUGGCAAGACCUGAUGAUAUAGGGGAGACUUACGAUUGGCCAUUGAUAAAAGAGCUAUACCUCCAGUCAAACAACUUGUCAGUGAUAGACUCUCGGCUGCUCGCUCGCUGGGACCUUCUGACCGCGGUCGACGUGUCCAACAACCCGUUGCUAUGCGAUUGUUCCACGCAGUGGAUGGUCGACAACUUAGUGCCGACCAUUGAAUCAUUGAAUGUCAAUGCUUCUGAGAAGCUUGUGUGUCAAGAGCCCAUUGAAAUGCGUGGAUAUACCAUGAAGCACCUUCAUGAUAUCCACCGCAACAUGAGAUGCCUUGAUAAGUACGGAAACAGGCCAGAAAGAGAUGGUGCUAUUCUUCUUGGCUUACUUAUUGGUGUCCUGUUAGCUGUACCAGUGAUGUUGGCUCUAGUCUUGAUGUGGAGAAAUGGUUACUUCGCAUGGAUCGGCCUCCGAGGACCGAGAGAUGUCUCUCGUGCUUUCUACAAACGGGCACCAGAUGAUGACAAUUAUAUAUAAAUCCCAAAUAAAAUUCUACCUUUUAGUAAAGUAACACGUUAUUGAAAAGAUAUAAAAAAAAUCCAAAACGUAAAUUAUUGAUAUAAUAAAAUAAUUGGUUGUCAAAAAAUAUUAAUUACUAGUUUUUACCUGCGACUUCGUACGCGUGACUGGGAUAUGUUCUCUGAACGGGAUAAAAAGAAGCCUUCUAUAUCCUUCUACAACCUAUACAAUUUGCGUAAUUUCAUAAUAAUUGGUCAAGUCGUUAAUGCGCUAAUAGGUCACAAAUAAACAAACUAACUUUCACAUUUAUAAUAUUAGUAAAGAUAAUUAUUAGAUUGAAUUUAGUUUCGAAAAGCUUAUUGAUUAUUUUAUAAAAAAGAAUCGGCCGUCACUGACACUGUGCAACUACGCGGUAAAACAGACGUAAAUUUUCAGAAUAACCUAUACUCAAAAUAGAAGAUUCUUCUUUAAAAUAGACACAAUAAUCUUAAUAAUCUUCUUAAUAACAAAUUUAUAAAAUAUUAUUUUACGAUAAUAAUUUCUUUUAAAUUAAUUAAAUUAAACAUCAAUUAAAAUAAGUUAUUAAAUAUUAACAGUCAUGUCGUACUGUUUAUAUAAUUAUUUAUAUCAGUUUUACCAGUGUAAAUAAAUCUGGAACAAAUCGGCCAAGCCCCUAAACUAAUUAUUUAAUUUAUAUAAACGAGUAAAAUUGUUGAAAAUAAUAAUAAUAAUACUAAUAUAAGUUGUCUUUUGUGCGAUUUUAUUAAACACAGUAUUAGGGAUUAACUAUAUGUUAUUUGUAUGUAUUGAUUUUUUUUAACAUUCUACUACUAACCAGUUGUAUUUUUUAAAUUUAUUGUCUAAAAUUUUUAAGAUAGGGUAAGACGGUAGUUACUUCUUUGAAUUGUGAAAGGGUUCGUUCGGAUGUAAGUUUAAACAUUUUAGGUACACAAUAAUUAAUUUAAUUAAACUACUUAGUGCUAGUACUUUUUUUAGAGACGAAUAAAAUUGUAUAAAUAAUAUUGAAUGCACAUGCAUAUCAUUAUUAUAAUUUCUUUAUGGAAGCGAGUCUCUCGCCAUAUUAAAAAUAUUAACUAUGUUAGCUAGGUCGAGAGUUUUACUUUGAGUAAUAUAUUAAAAUAAAACAAUAUAUAAAACGAUUUUGAAAAGAGACUGGACUUUUAAAUUUUGUAAUAAUUAUAUUUAUUUAUUUUUAUUUUUGUAAUAUAUGUAAAAUAUAGAUCCUCCAAAUUUAAAAAUAACUUUUUUAAUUUUUUCCUUGUAAAGAUCGUUCAUAAUUUUUUAUAAAGAGAUCCAUACGAAUUAUUUAAAGUUUGGAAUGCAGUAUUUUGUGAUUUAAAAUAGACAAUUAUAGCCUAGAAACAAUUAUUCUAAAUAGGUGUAAUAUGAUUAAGCAAAGCUUUAUAUUUACAAAUCUUUAUUUAUUAUUAAAAUUCAUUUUUCACUA